CAGGUUUGGGUAAUUCGCGUAGCACGUCAGGAGAAUGGGGGUUAGCUAAAAUGCAAAAAUAUUCUACUUUUGACGUAAAUUUGACAAAAGCUGGAUACCUUCUAACCAUAUGACCCAGUUAUGUUUGGCUGUUUUAGACUGUUGACCCGGUAGCGAAUGUAGAAGGGGUCAUUCGGGUUACCCGCUCACCAACAUGGCGUGGAGGGGUUGCGUUUUAAGAUGGGCUCGGGCUGACAUCAUUAGUACAGCAACCAGAGGAAACAGAUUCACCCUCAACACUCAACAAAGAUGUAGCUUCAGGAAAGCAGCGAAGGAGACAAAGACCAAGAAGGGGGUCAUAGAGGAGACGGGGCCCUCACACACAGAGCCCAGUGAAGGGCUCAUCCACAAGAGGGGGGCAUCUCCCCCCGUGCAUCCCUCAGUGGCAUACACACACCCCAGGAGCUUUGGCAGACUGGUCAAGCCCCUGGUGUUCACAAUAGGGUUUACAGCCUGUUCAUUUGGCACAGCGGCCAUCUGGCAGUAUGAGUCACUAAAGUCCCGGGUCCAGAGCUACUUUGACGAGGUCCGUGCCGACUGGCUGGAGAAACUACGGCCGCAGAAACAGGGGGAUCUUCGCAAAUGGAUCAACCAGUCGUGGAACGGCUUGAGUGAGGGACAACGUACUGUUACAGGGAUCAUAGCUGCUAAUGCUGUUGUGUUUUGCUGUUGGAGGGUGCCGUCCCUCCAGCGCUCUAUGAUCAAAUACUUCACAUCCAACCCUGCCUCCAAAACCCUGUGUUUCCCCAUGCUCCUGUCCACGUUCAGCCACUACUCCUUCUUCCACAUGGCGGCCAACAUGUACGUCCUCUGGAGCUUCUCCUCCAGCAUCGUCUCCAUGCUAGGCAGGGAGCAGUUCAUGGCUGUCUACGUGUCUGCAGGUGUUAUAUCUACGAUGUUCAGCUAUGUGUGUAAGACAGCCAGCGGGCGCUUGGGUCCCUCGCUUGGAGCGUCAGGAGCCAUCAUGACAGUCUUGGCUGCCGUCUGUACCAAAAUGCCAGAGGCUAAGCUGGCAAUCAUCUUCCUCCCGAUGUAUGCUUUCUCUGCAGGCAAUGCAUUGAAAGCCAUAGUAGCUAUGGACACAGCUGGCCUAGUUUUAGGAUGGCGGUACUUCGACCACGCGGCCCAUCUCGGCGGAGCUCUUUUUGGCAUCUGGUACAUCAUGUAUGGCCAUGAGCUGAUAUGGAAGAAUCGCGAGCCUCUAGUGAAGGUGUGGCACGACCUUAGGACGAAGGGUCCUGGUGGGGGAGGAAACGGUGGCAGCGGUCCCCUGUAGAGCGCAAUGGACAGUGUGAAUGCAUAUGGAUGGCAGAAGAUUGUCAAUAUUAUCAACAGCCUUGCUGGCCACACAAACCAAACUCUCCAUUUACCCCACACAGACACAAGCUCUACGUUUGUCUCUCACACUCACAUGUAAAUGCCAUCUGUAUUCAGUACUCUCUCUCACUCACUUAUACACACACACACUACAAAAUAAUGCAGGGCUUUUGUGUUAAUCAUGCUUUUAUGUGUUUGUGAGAGAAGAGAGGACACAAUGGGGACAUAUUGUGAAUACAGGCCCUAGUGUAACUCAAUAAAGUGUUGAUCUAUAAUUAGUUUAACCUUUUUACGUCAUAAUCAGUAAGAUUAUAUGUGAAUAUGGACCCAGGAGCCUACAGGUCGUCAUCAUCUCCCCAAAUGCUGAGGUGGAGGUUUAAACCCUAAGAUACGAAACCCCUCCCACUGUCAGUACAGGGGAUGGCUAGGGAGCUACAAUGUCAAAACCAAUGAUAUCACGUCUACAUGUGUUUUUAUUUGAUGAAGUCUAUAUUCAAAAGCACUCAUUAUUCACUGGUCCCUGCAAAGAGCAGGUGUUAAUGUUUUGUAGACUCAGUGUGUGUACAGGAAUAUUUGUUGUAGAUUAAAGAAAACAUUUAGUUUAUUUGAUUCAAGUAAAA